AUUUUGUUCGCUUCUAAAUUAAGAACGCCUUCGUCUGGCCUCGCACGAUGCGUGUGCGCACAGCAAACGUUCACACAAUAAAAACCAAACGUAGUACAUAUUAUAUUUUUCUAACGAACCCGACUUAACCGACAUCGCAUAAAAAAUCACGUGAAUUUUGUGAUACGAUUGUAUUUCGGACAUUUUAACGUAAAAUGUCAUUAAAGUGAAAAAUUGUGAAAGUAAUCGUGAGUUAAUUAGAAGAAGACAAAAUGAAGUUCACUAUUGACGUUCUGGGGAUUUUUCUAAAAGUCGUUGUUAAGAUAAACAAAGUAACAUUCGCACCCUUGGUCGUGUCAACUCUCUUCAUCCUCCUCACAUCACUGCUCGCCCAUUGUGCAAGGAGAGUCGUCCAGAAGGUUGUCAAGGAACCCUUUAUAAGGUUACUCUUUGAGGAAGCGAUAGCCGCAGCUGAACUAUGUGGUUGCUGUUUUGAGCUGAUUGUGGUGGCGGACAAUUUCGGUGUGUCAACCUAUGCGAUAUUCCUCUUUGCUCUGACGAUCUGGUGGUCGCUGAACUGGGGAGACGCUACUGCCUGCCCCUAUACACACAUAGAGGAUAUCAUUGAAGGCAAAGGUGACAUCCGCAAGGCUCUCUUGAAGACUUGGGCUGAACUGGGAGGUGGUCUCCUGGUUUUCAAAUAUGUCCAAAUGUACUGGGCCCUGGAGAUCUCCGACACACACAAGGACAAGGCGUUUGAAGACUGCAAAGCUGAUUUGCAGGUUCCAGUUCUAUACGGUGCCGUAGUGGAAGGCAUCGCCACCUGCCUCUGUCGUUUGGCGUCUAAAUCUCUCGGUGACCUGAACCCUCGCUUUGCCACAGCCAUCGACUCCUUCAUCGGAACCUCCUUGGUUGUCGCCGGAGUCCUCACUAGGCACACGGUAUUCGUCUACCGCUAUCAGGACAAUAGUGCCAAUGCGGACCUAAGCGUGUCCAUCUUUUGCAAAGUACAUUUAGGAAAAGCGUUUGAUUACUCCGGCGGCUACUUCAACCCUGUUCUGGCGACAUCACUGAAGGCUGGCUGUGAAGGUCACACGCUCAUGGAACACGCCUUAGUCUACUGGAUAGGAGCGUGUGCUGGGUCUAUCCUAUCGGUCUACCUGUACAAGCUGCCCGCCAUCCAGAAGUUCGUCAGAGGUUCUGCAACCAGCGAAGCAAAUGGCGACAGCAUUUGGGCUGAUAAGGAAGACUAGAUUUUUAUUCCCAUUCUAAAUCAAUCUGGGAUAAUGCUGCAAUCUUUUCAGCAGCUCCAAACAGUAUUUUCAAGUAUCCACUGGUUUCUGAACGAAGAACUGACUGAUUUACGUUUAACUGAAAAUAUAAAUUCAAAGAAAUAGUUAUAUUCCGAAUUAAUUGUUGACUCAAAUCAGAAAAAAAAACGUUAAUGAAAGUGAAGUGAAACACUUCAUUUAAAUUCAUCGAAAAAGUUUUAAUAUCGACAUUGAAUAUUAUAUUACAUACUUCGUUUCUCGGAAUUCAACUGCAAAUGAAAAUUAUUGAAGGCAUGAAUUGAAUUAAAAUGAUUCGAUCUUUACACCACUUUUUUCAGUAACUGUUUUUACUCUAAAAAUAACGCUAUUCUAAAAAAUAUCAGCUACUAUACUGAGAACUUUAAUAUAUUUUCGUUCUCGUUUUAAUAAUUUUUUCGUUCUCGCUUUUGCUCGUUCAGUUCUUGUAACGUGAUACCCAAGA